AUGUCUCGCAGGUUAAAUUUACUUACACCCCCUUUAAUUCUCUUCUUCAUUUUCGCUUUCACUUUUUAUAUAAGGAGAGAUCAGCUGCUACAGCCCCUAACGUUGACUCGACAUGACGGUGGCAUCCCGAGUCGGCCAAGCUGGUCACUUGUCGAGGAUGGUGCCAUUCUACCCUCGUCCAAUAUUACCCAGUAUCUUGGGGCAAUUUUUAAUGCACAAUCAUCCACGUUACCAAAUCUUGAGUGCCCUGCGAUCAACACAACACGAUACGAUGCGCUCAAGGUCAAGGGCUUUUCAGGCCCUGCAACCAAAUAUUUCUUCGCACUAAACUUGCGACAAAAUCUCGUCCUGCUGCCUCGACUCAUUGGCAGUAUAGUUGAAGCAAGUAGAUUCCUUGGCCCAGAGCAUUGCACCUUGUCCAUUGUCGAGGGCAACUCCCCGGAUGGUACUGCAGAUGUUCUGUCUGCACUUCGGCCAGCGCUGGAAAGCGUUGGAAUAACAUACUAUUUGAAAUCGUCGGAAAUAGAUCCUAGCGAGGAUGAUCGGAUUGGCCGCCUUGCGCGGCUGCGAAAUCUGGCUUUGGCACCUCUCUUUGAUGUCCCUGGAAAGGCGACGAAGGAUACGACUGUUGUAUUUCUAAACGACGUAUCUGCCUGUGCCGAAGAUAUACUAGAGUUGCUUCACCAGAAGAAAUCCCUUGGCGCCGACAUGACAUGCGCAAUGGACUGGACUCAUGCUGCCAAAGACCCAACCUUCUAUGAUGUGUGGGUUGCUCGCAGCAUUGAUGGAGAUUCCUUUUUCGACAUUCCGCCGAAUGGAAGUUGGGAUUCUGCGUGGAAUAUAUUCUGGAACGCGGAGAAGACCCGAACUCGAUUCCUUGACAAGCGACCUUUCCAGGUAUUCUCUUGUUGGAACGGUGCCACAGCCUUCACUGCCGAACCCAUUAUCAAGCAGACGGUUCGCUUUAGAUCAGCAAACGAAGCAGCUGGCGAGUGCAUGCAGGGGGAACCGCAACUGUUUUGUAAAGAUUUAUGGGCCAAAGGCUACCGCAAGAUCGCUGUUAUACCAUCAGUCAACUUGGAGUAUUCGAUUGAAAAGGGAAAGAUGAUUAAAGAAGCCAAGGGCUUUACUUCAGACAAUGUGGCAAACCAAGACGCCGCCGGAGACAAGAUAGACUGGAAGGGUGAUCCGCCUGAGAAAGUUAAAUGCAUGCCAACUUGGGGAAACCAAUAUUGGCAGCUGUGGAAUGAGACGUUGAAAUGA